AUGGCAGCUGCAAGAGCAUUUGCCGUCAGAUCGCGCUCUGGUAAGAUCCGCCGUGGCCACACCGGGUGCAAGGCAUGCCGUCGCAGGGGAAAGCUGUGUGACGAGACAAAGCCAGUAUGUCGGGCGUGCCACAGGCUCUCAUUAGCUUGCGAAUAUGGAUUGGACAUCUCAUUUCGUCAAUAUGAUGCCGGUCAGGUUCAAGCACUUGGUCCCAGGAAGACGCCGACACCUCGAUCAAUGGAUCGGACCAUGUCCCAAACCAAAAGGACGCCUUCGUCGUACGGUCUAAGCUUUGUAAGAACAAGAUCAACGGCGAUCCCUCUCAUGGCUCCACUUAGCGAAGAAGACACGGGCGGGAUUUAUUUCAAACACUUCGACAGUCAUGUUCGCCACGUGUUACCAGGACCUUCCAAGGGGUUUCUCGACUUCAUACUGUCCUCGGCUCCGUUUCGCCAUGCUGUUCUCUGCCUGUCGGCUUCUAAUUUGGCCAUGCUCGAUGUACGCAUUCAGUCGCGUCAGAUUAGCGAGGAUUAUAGAAGAUCAGUCUUCAGCCCAAUAGUGAAUAGAGAACACCACGACCAGGCACGAAAAUAUCACGACCUAGCGGUUACAUAUUGCGACACCCGAAAGACUGGCAAUGAUCCAGCUGACUGUGCUGUGGCGCUGGCUACUAAGGUUCUUCUCGCCAUUUACCAUCACGCAUCGACAGACCACCGAAGGUUUCGGCUGGCUGUAGAGGAUGCUCAUCAGUUCGCUCAUCAGCAUAGGACUGCCUUCCUGCAGUCGCCAGACGGGCACGAAGCACUGCAAAUGUGGCACCGCCUCUCCAUCUCCCAUCGGACCUCGCGGCGUCCUACUCUCCUGAUUGAAGGUGAGAGCGACGAGUACUUCCAAGCGAAAUUCGCCUCGCCAAAUACCAUCGAGCACCUGUACCUCACCUGCAUCUUGGGUAUGAGUUCGGAUGACUUGAUAUACGACAUCCUGAUCAAAACCAUCGAGCUUCGAAAGAGAGCGGUAGUAUUUCGCACGGUUGCGCGCAUUCACAAUGUCUCGGAUCAAUCGCAGGACCUCGGACGCCUUGCCCAUGAACAUCUGGACACGCUGCUUGACAGGCGGAGCACGGCAGAAGAGUACGAAGAAGCGCAAACGGGCUUUGUCCGGGGUCCACAUCUGAUAGGUCUCCUGCAGACUCAGCAAGACAGACUGUCAGUGUGGAAGUCCAGGCUCGAUGUAGCUCAGCUACCGCCGGAGCCAUGCGAUUGCCAAAGCUCCCCACAUGACGACAGUUCAGUCACGUCCUGUACUGACUUCCCGACCUUUUCGAGUCAUCGUGAUGCAAUGAACGCUCUGUAUUACCUUCUGUGUCGAGUCAUGAUUGCGACACUGCAAGGAGAUGAGCCCCAGCAGGACUCGCCGACGCCGCUGUGUCACUCAGACGUCGGCCGCGCCCAGAGGAUGGUGCAGCUUAUGCUACUCAUUCUUGACACUCUGAAUUUCUCCACGUCUCAUACCUCUGACGUGUAUACGUUCAGUGUGGGUGAGGCCUUGUUGCAACUCACUCUGGCCUGGCAUUCCAUCUCUACAUUCCAGCAGAUACUGGACGUCACCUGGCCUCGACUAGAGGCUGGAGGACGCGGCUUUGAACAUUCUCACUGUCCGACUCACUUGGUGAAGCGCAUCAUCGCCCUGCUAGCCGAGCAGUGGUCCCAAGGGCGAGCUAUCACAUACGUGUCCUUGGCGGUCGAGGAGAACAUUCCCAAAUUACACUUACUCGCCAUCGGCCUACCGGUUGACCUUGUGGUGUGUGGUUACUGCAUGGACGGAACAUACUUCAUGAAGAGGAUGCCGUUGCCCUAA